AUGGAGAAGAGUAACACAACCAUAGAUUUCAUUCUCCUAGGACUCUUUAAUCACACAAGACCCCACCUUUUUCUCUUCAUUGUGGUGAUGACAAUAGCCAUUGCUUCUCUGAAUGGAAAUGCCCUCAUUCUUCUCCUGAUUCUCCUGGAUUCCCGGUUCCACACACCUAUGUACUUCUUACUAAGCCAACUCUCUCUCAUGGACAUGACGUUGGUCUCCACCAUUGUGCCCAAAAUGGCAGCUGACUACUUGAGUGGCAAGAAGUCCAUAUCCCCUGCUGGCUGUGGAUUGCAGAUCUUUGUCUCACUCACACUGGGCGGUGGAGAAAGUUUCCUCUUAGCAGCCAUGUCCUAUGACCGCUAUGUGGCUGUUUGCCACCCACUGAGAUACCCUGUUCUCAUGAGCUGGCAAUUAUGCCUGAGAAUGACUGUGGGGUCUUGGUUCCUUGGGGCAGCUGAUGGGCUCAUGCAGGCUGCUGCCACCCUGAGUUUUCCAUUUUGCAGGGCUAAUGAAAUUGAUCAUUUCUUCUGUGAGGCCCCCAUACUGGUGCGUUUGGCUUGUGCUGACACGUCAGUCUUUGAAAAUAUCAUGUACAUCUGCUGUGUGUUAAUGCUUCUGGUCCCCUUUUCCCUCAUCCUGACUUCCUAUAGUCUCAUCCUCUCAUCAGUUCUUCAGAUGCAUACUACAGAAGCCCGCAGGAAGGCUUUCUCCACCUGCUCCUCACAUCUCUCUGUGGUGGGACUCUUUUAUGGAGCUGCUAUUUUUAUUUACAUGAGACCCAAAUCAUACAGGUCAGAUAACCAUGAUAAAGUGGUCUCAGCCUUCUAUACGAUUUUCACCCCUGUGUUGAACCCCCUCAUCUACAGUCUAAGGAAUAGUGAAGUCAAGGGAGCCUUGAAAAGAUGGUUGAGGAAAUGUGCAAAUGUAAAACCCCAGUACACUUAG